CAAGGUCGUAGAAACAUAGUCUAUUUCGCCUAUGUUUUAUGCUGCUGGUUGCUCCUUCACUCUUAAUCCAUUCCUGACUUUACCACAGCCGAUAUGAAGUUCACUGCCACGAUACUACUCAUGUCUGCUAUAUGGACAAGUAAUACCCUCGCGGCUCCGCAUGGGGAUUUCGUCGAACACCUCAAGGUCCGCGGCAAUGACAAUGGUGCACUCGCCGGAGCGCAAUCGAUCUCUGCUGACACAAAGUACGGGUAUAACUGGGCUGGCGUUAUCCACACGACGCCCCCUGCAACGGGCACCUACACUGCAGCCUCUGCAACCUUUACUGUUCCGAAGCCAACAGCGACCGAUGACUCUGGAAACACACAGGGUGCGUCCGCCUGGGUCGGAAUCGACGGUGGGACGUACCGCAACGCUAUCCUACACGCCGGGGUUGACUUUUAUGUCGAGGACAGCACCGAGAAAUAUGACGCUUGGUACGAAUGGUAUCCUAGUCUCAGCAAUGACUUCAACCUGUCUGUGACUGCGGGAGAUGUUAUUGUUGUCAAGGUGGUCUCGUCUUCACCUAGCCACAGCGUUGCUAUUUUAGAGAACAAGUCUUCUGGCCAGAGUGCUACGCAGACCUUAUCGGCAGACCCCUCGACUGCUACCCUUGGCGGCCAGAAUGUCAAGUUCAGUGGUGCCCAGGCUGGGACCAGCCAUGGUGAAAAGAUCGGCUUAGACAACGCUACUAUCUUUGAAAUCCAACAGAACGGCGAAGUGUUGACCAAUGUCGAUAUUCUCAGUGAUACAGAGUUCGACGUGACAUAUGAAUCAGACCAGUGAUGCAUGACCUCUAUUUUAGUUUUGACUCAAACGUUGGAUAUCGGAUUUAUUGAUCAUGACCGGUUUAUCUAUUCCCAUGUGUCAUGUGUCGAAUCCUGAAUGGCACAGAAGCAACGAUGAUUCGCACCUCCUAGCUAGUAGCUAGGUUGUUUCUUGCUUAACUCUAGUCUAGAGAGAAGGUUGAUCCCAUACUCCUCUCCUACGGCAUACAAAGAUCUAGAUCCUAGUGAUCGAGUAUGUUCGAUCCUAUAAUCAGGAUAUCAAAGAACCCGCUGCAAACAGAUGAUACGACAGAUCACCUCAUCUGCGCACGCCUUUGUGCACCGACAUUAUAGUCCGUUGGCUGCUGUGGGAAAGACUUUCAGACUCGACGGUAAUCCUUUUAAGGCCUGUAUAUAUACUUUGUGCCAUGCAAAUAAUGUACCUACGCUCAAGUUAGGAGCGUCAGGUUCCUUCCUUUCAGGAAGAACGAGG